AUGGCGGGGCGGCGGGUCAAUGUGAAUGUGGGCGUACUGGGUCACAUCGACAGCGGCAAGACGGCGUUGGCGCGCGCGCUGAGCACCACGGCCUCCACCGCCGCCUUCGACAAGCAGCCUCAGAGCCGCGAGCGCGGCAUCACGCUCGACCUGGGCUUCUCGUGUUUCUCCGUGCCGCUGCCGGGGGCCGAGCCCGGGGCUGGCGAGACGGUGCUGCAGGUCACGCUGGUCGACUGCCCCGGGCACGCCUCCCUCAUCAGGACCAUCAUCGGCGGGGCCCAGAUCAUUGAUUUGAUGAUGCUUGUCAUCGAUGUGACCAAGGGGAUGCAGACCCAGUCAGCAGAGUGCCUUGUGAUUGGCCAGAUCGCCUGCCAGAAGCUGGUUGUGGUACUGAACAAAAUAGACCUGUUAGCUGAAGAGAAGAGACAGGCAGCUAUCGACAAAAUGACCAAGAAAAUGCAGAAGACCCUCGAGAACACCAAGUUCCGGGGUGCACCGAUCAUACCAGUGGCAGCCAAGCCUGGGGGACCAGAGGCCCCUGAAACGGAAGCUCCACAGGGCAUCUCAGAGCUCAUUGAGCUCCUGAAGUCUCAUAUUUCUAUCCCAACGAGAGACCCCUCGGGACCAUUCCUCAUGUCUGUGGACCACUGUUUCUCCAUCAAGGGCCAGGGCACCGUGAUGACUGGGACUAUCCUCUCUGGCUCCAUUGGCCUUGGCGACAGCGUGGAGAUCCCUGCCCUCAAGGUGGUAAAGAAAGUGAAGUCCAUGCAGAUGUUCCAUACACCUGUCACCUCCGCCAUGCAGGGAGACCGGCUAGGCAUCUGUGUCACCCAGUUUGACCCCAAGCUACUGGAGCGUGGGCUGGUAUGUGCACCUGAUUCCCUGCACACUAUCCACGCAGCUCUCAUCUCUGUGGAAAAGAUCCCAUACUUCCGGGGGCCCUUACAGACCAAGGCCAAGUUCCAUAUCACAGUUGGUCAUGAGACAGUCAUGGGCCGCUUGCUAUUCUUCAGUCCUGCUCCCAACAGCUUUGAUCUGGAACCUGUGCUGGACUCCUUCGACCUCUCCCGAGAAUACCUCUUCCAGGAGCAAUACCUGUGCAAGGACUCCAUGCCGGCUGCCACAGAUGGUGACAAGGCUGAUAGGAAGUCAGGUCAGGCUCCAGAGGGUCAUUGUCCUCGGCAGCAGUGGGCCCUGGUGGAGUUUGAAAAGCCAGUCACCUGCCCCCGGCUAUGCCUGGUGAUUGGCUCCAGGCUGGAUGCAGACAUUCAUGCCAACACAUGUCGGCUGGCCUUCCACGGCAUCUUGCUGCAGGGACUGGAGGACAAGAACUAUACCGAAAGCUUCCUGCCCUCGCUGAAGGUGUACAAGCUGAAGCAUAAACACGGCCUCGUGGAGCGGGUAAUGGAUGACCACAGUGUAAUCGGCCGCUCCCUAUUCAAAAAAGAGACCAACAUCCAGCUCUUUGUGGGGCUCAAAGUACAGCUGUCCACAGGGGAGCAGGGCGUCAUCGACAGUGCCUUUGGCCAGAGUGGCAAGUUCAAGAUUCACAUCCCCGGUGGCCUCAGGCCCGAGUCCAAGAAGAUACUGACACCCACCCUCAAGAAACGGAGCCGAGCAGGCCGUGGGGAGGCCACCAAGCAGGAAGAGGCUGUGGAGCGUCCCGAACCCGUGCAGCCUGUGACUCUCAACCUGUCUUUCAAGCGCUAUGUCUUUGACACCCAGAAGCGUAUGGUGCAGUCUCCCUGAGUGACUCUGGGCACAAGACAGGCCAGUGCUGGCUUCCCAUAGGCAUGCCUUCAUCUUCCCCAGUCAUGUAGGCAGGAAACUCCACCCCACUGCUGCUCAGUCUCAUUAAGAAUCCUGGACAAAAUGGGGGGCCAUCCCAGAAGGGUCUUCCACGCUAGCCUGAACCCACCCACCUUAGACGGCAGCCAGAGCCUUCCAGACUGCCCCAGCUGGGGGUCUAUAGACACUCAGCCAUACUCAGGUGGAUGGGUACCCUACAACUGCAAAUAAACACCCUUUGUGUGACCCA